AUGCCUACCAUGUUCCGCAAGCGGAAGGAUGCCAACGAGGAGACCUUGGCCAUGGGCCGCGUCGUGGGCGUGCGCAACGCCUCGCCGGCGCACCGCGUCGCGGCGCUCCAGGAGCGCGAGGGCGCCUCGGAACGCAUCGCGCUCACGAUGCAGAAGAGUUUUCGCGGCAUGAAGGGCCGCGCUGCGAAGUGGUACUGGGAGGAGAGCGCGGCGCAGCGCGGGAAUCAAGCACCUCUACGCCGUCGACGUGACUCGUUUGAUCGCCGCGCAGGUCCGGAGCGCCUCCGCAAGCACGCCAACAUCAAGAAAGGCACGCGCUGGGUGCCCUUCGACAAGGCCACGACGAAGAAGCUCGAGGAUGCGGGUUCCAGGGUACAAAUCAAAUUUCGCGGCGCUCCGCUCGACGGCGUGGCGGUGCGGUCCUACUCACUGGUGAUCAACGCACAGGCCUACUCGAAGCACGGGCCCGAGUCCGGGCUGCACCACGUCUACGUGUCGGCGACGCACGUCGUGGACUUAAAAGAGAUGACGCAGAAGAACGUGCAGACCGGUGUGAGUUAGAUUAUCCUGAGAAGUAUUCCUUUCACGCCAUCGAGCCGACGCGGCCACGGGGACAACGUCGCGUCGAUGGCGUGGGGCGCCUGAAAUUCGAUAUCCACAGGUAAAGACCCGCUACUCGCGACGUAUUUUACGCGAGGUCGUGAAGCUCCCCGGCGCGGAGGCGGAGUUCAUGGCGCUCGUCUCGCAGUUCUCGAGGGACGUCGCGCCGCUGGCGAAGCAAUUGGUUGGCACCCUGGUGACGCUGGUGGGCAUCUUAUUGAAACUCGGCAUGAAACUCGUGGACGUCGGGCGCCAGCUUUUCAAUGAGCGCACCGCCGACAUGCGGGAGGCCGCGGCCGAGAAGAAACAGCGGGCGCUACGGGCCGCGGCUGCCAAAGCGCGCGCGACGGCGGACGCGCUCGACGCCGCGGCACGUGCUGGGUAA